AUGUCUGAAAUAGAGUCUGAAGCAAAGGGCGAGGCGCCCCUUCUAGGAUACUACAACAUCCGGGGAAAUGCGCAGCCCAUUCGCCUGCUGCUGGCGUACACGAAGACGGUGUACCGCGAACGGCAGUACAACUUUGGCCGCACCGAUGAGGAACGCGCCGAGUGGCUCAAGGAAAAGUUUCACCUUGGCCUGGACUUUCCCAACCUCCCCUACUGGCAAGAAGGCGACCUGAAGCUGACCCAAUCGCUGACUAUCCUCCGUCACCUGGCGGCGAAGAACGGCUUGGCCGGCAACGGUUCCGAGGAAGAGGCUAUCCGCAUCGACCUGGCCGAGCAGGUGCUGCGUGAGUACCGCAACAAGUUCAUCGACGCCACGCUGAGUACGAGCUUUGAGAAGGCCCGCCUCGCCUAUCUCGCCCAGCUGCCUGAUAUGCUGCGUUCGCUGUCGACGUACCUCGGCGCCCGACCCUACUUUGCCGGCAACUCCAUCACCUACGUGGACUUUAUGGCUUACGAGUUCAUCGACCAGCACUUCUAUCUCUACGCGGAACUCUUUGCAAAGCUUUCCAACCUGAAGGCCUUUCUCCGACGGGUGGAGGCGCUGCCCACCAUUCACGAGUUCCAGUACAGUCCGAAGUACAUUCGCUGGCCCAGUGGCCUGCUGAUUCCCUGGUACCAGGCGAAGUACUACACCACCUUCCACCGCUCCGACUCCAGUGAUCGGGUGCACGAACUGGUCACCAGCAUGGCCAAGUGCCAGAAGAUAGUUGAAGGUGUGCCGCCGAUGGGCUCGGAGACGGUGACCACCUCGGGCUAA